UUCUGCAGUUAGCAUGACUUGGUUUACGUUCCCCGUUGACAACCUGCUAUGCAGGUGUCUUGGCAUCUCCAUCACCGUGUGGCUGACUCUUCUGUUUGUCUUCAUAAUUGUGCCAGCUGUACUUGGUGUCUCUUUUGGGAUCCGCAGACUCUACAUGAUGACGCUUCUCAGGAUCUUUGAGUGGGCAACCUUACGAAUGGAGAUGGGAGCAAAAGAAAAGAAUCAGCAUCUCUAUAAACCAUAUAGCAAUGGUAUCAUAGCCAAAGAUCCUGCAUCAUCUUUGCAGCAGGAGAUCCAGGAGCUUCGGGGUUCUGCCAACUGUCUGCGCUCUGAGCCGGAGUUUGAGAUGGCUGAUAUCUUCUAUUUCUGCCGAAGAGGCGUGGAGAGCAUAGUGGAUGAUGAGGUGACCAAGCGCUUUUCAGCCCAGGAGCUGGAGAGCUGGAACUUAUUGACUCGAAGCAACUACAACUUCCGUCAUAUAAGUCUGAGACUCACUGUCCUGUGGGGUCUGGGAAUCCUCAUUCGCUAUGGCGUCCUGCUGCCUCUGAGGGUUACUUUGGCAGCCACUGGCAUUAGUCUGCUCCUAGUAUUGACUACUUUGGUGGGAUUUUUACCAAAUAGAGAGUUAAGGUCCUACCUGAGUGAGAAGAUUCAUCUGAUGUGUUACCGCAUCUGUGUUAGAGCUCUCACAGCAAUCAUCACCUAUCAUAACAGUGAGAACAAACCAAAAAAUGGCGGUAUCUGUGUGGCAAAUCAUACAACGCCCAUUGACAUCAUCAUCUUGGCCAAUGAUGGGUGCUACUCUAUGGUUGGCCAAAUUCAUGGAGGGUUGAUGGGAAUGGUCCAAAGAGCCAUGGUCAAAUCCUCUCCUCAUAUCUGGUUUCAAAGAUCAGAAGUGAAAGACAGACACCUAGUGGCCAAAAGGCUUGGCGAUCAUGUUGCUGACAAAACCAAACAGCCUAUUCUUAUCUUCCCUGAGGGAACUUGCAUCAACAACACAUCAGUGAUGAUGUUCAAAAAAGGCAGCUUCGAAAUCGGCUGCACCGUCUAUCCAGUUGCCAUUAAGUAUGAUCCUCGCUUUGGGGAUGCUUUCUGGAACAGCAGUAAGUUUGGUAUGGUGAACUAUCUGCUGAGGAUGAUGAGCAGCUGGGCAAUCGUAUGCAGCGUUUGGUAUCUGCCACCUAUGAACAGAGAGGAAGGGGAGGAUGCAGUGCAGUUUGCCAAUCGAGUGAAAGCAGCCAUUGCUGCACAAGGAGGAUUAGUGGAUCUCAUUUGGGACGGAGGGCUGAAACGAGCAAAGGUAAAAGACGCUUUCAAGGAAGAGCAGCAGAAACUUUACAGCAAAGUCCUUGUAGGUGAUCAGGACCAGGAGGACCAAAGUGACAACAAAGUUUUAGAGGAUGAAAAUCCAGAGGAGGACAAAAGCAGCCAAGAUUCAAGAAAUGAAAUGAGGACACAGUGAAUGUAUGACAAUUUAUAAGCAAACACUUAAUAUCUUAUAUAAUGGCAUUUAUUAGUGACUCUGUGAAGUUCCACACAUACAGUAGGAACUUAAAUUCAUUAUUAUUGCUGCUGUAUUUUUUUUUACCAGGCUCCAAGCCAAAGAACAUUUUCUGUUAUGUUUUGAUAUUUCAGUUUUUGUCAGUUCAUAUCUGUAUUUAAUUAUCUUUGUAUGUUGUGAAAUUGGGAGAAUGGUUACAUUCACCAGAGGGUCAAACAGAGCAGUAAAAGAACCAAAACCUCAUAUCGCCCCAUGAGUUUGACGCAUAUCUGAUUAAAACAUUCUCAUAUGAAAAUGCCUGUUGACCGAAAUGGCUGUUUUAUAAAAUCAUGUGUUAUGGAACAUCUCUUAAAAUACAACUGAGAACGCUAAACAGUGGCUAUUUUAAGUGCCUCGUACUACAGUAGUUACAUCACAGUGAGACAGACACUUUGGCAGGGCCCACACUUAGUAUGUCACUUUACUAAUUGGCUCAAGGCUCUAUAUGUGUCUUCACCUUUAAACUUUGAAUGGCACCAGGAAACAGAGUAAAAUAAGGUUAAACAUUUUCAGCCAUGACACAUAAUGUAUACCAUGAUAAUGAAGGUUUUCAAUUGGUUCGUCUCAGAUUAUGUGGAAAGUCUUUCUUUGAAGGGUUCAGGGUGAUACAAAGUAAGUUACCUUUCUCAAACAGUUGGAGUCAGUGUUUAGACAAUAUCUAUCCUGUAUUUGUUGUGUUGGGACAUUUUACUCAACAGCAAACAGACAAAUCAAACAGACUGAUUUAGACAGCAUUAUAAGAUGCAUUCAUUCUCCUUACUCCUCUUGAGGCUUACAGGGAUUGUUAGGGCCUAUGCCAGCAUGGAUUCAGGAAAAAGCAGGGAAUCAACUCUGGAAAGGUCGCCAGUCCAUUAAUGCGCCAACACAGACAACCAAACAAACACAUUCAUGGUAUUUUAGAGCCUUCAAUCCACCUGAACUGCAGGUGGGAUGAAACGCGUGCAGACACUGGCACGGCAGGCUGAUUAAGAUUCAAACUGGAGCAGCAUGUGAAACUGAAUCCAAGCCUAUGAACCCUAUCGGCUGUCACAGAU